AUGCCACCACGACUGAUCCACCUCGUCCGCCAUGCCCAAGGCUACCAUAACCUUAAUUGGCAACACCAUCUUCGCGAUCCGACCCUAACCGACCUCGGUCACUCUCAAUGCCAAAUCCUCGCCUCUAAUUUCCCCUACCAUAACUCCAUAACCCAUAUCAUCUGUUCCCCAUUAAAACGUACCAUUCAAACCACUCUCGAGUCCUUCUACCCAACCAUUACCCGCCUUGUCUCAGAAAACGAGGACUUCAAAAUCCGCGCAGAUCCUUAUUUUCAAGAAAAUGGAGAAUGGGAAUGUGAUUUAGGUUCCACUAUCCCAGAAGUUCAAAAGUUCUUGUCAACCAUUGUUGACAAGGAGAACGUUAAGGAGGGUACCCCUCGUGGGUAUGAACAUCAAUCCCAUCUUGAUUUCUCCGAAGUCAGAACUUCAACCCCAGAAUGGCCUGAAAAGAGAGGAAUAUUCGCAGCACGAAACGUAGACAAGCGUGGAACGUAUGCUCGAAACUUCUUAUUCGAGAAUUAUAACGAAGAUGAAGAAGUCAUCAUUGUUAGUCACGGCGGGUAUCUACACGUCUUGACUGAAGACUGGGAGAGCUACGAUGAUAUCAAGGGUACCGGGUGGGAAAAUACCGAAAGGAGGAGUUUUGUAUUGAAAAAGAACGAAGAAGGCAAGGUGAAACUCGAAGAAACGGAGGAGAGUAUAAAGAAUAGACGGGCUCAUCAUGCUGAAGGGGAUACGGAUAGUGGCACAGAAAGAAGGGAGACAGAGGUUGCAGGUCACCAUGGUAAUUCGAAAAACUAA